AUGUCGACAAGCUAUCAAGACAGUCAACAACACAUUUCAAGUGAAGAUAAAAUAAUUGAGGAAAAAAGUAAUCAAGAUGACCAACAACACAAUUUAGACAUAACGGAUACAGACAAUGAUCAAAGUAUUCAACAGGUUCAACAGAAAUCCAAUGAAAUAUAUUACAUCGUUGAACUAAAAAAAAAGUUUAAAGUAUGGGAGAAGCUUCAUUCUUUGUCCAUUAUUAGUGAAGUAAUUACCAUAGCUAUUAGCAUUUUGUUCAUUGCGCUUGGUAUUUAUAUUUCUGUCUCAGACAAAAAUGGUAUAGAAUCAAAUAUUAAUUUUAUUGUUUCAAGCUCUGUUUUUGGUGUAAGCGGCAUAUCUAUUUUGGGUGGUCUGUUUUCUAUUAUGAGAACAUGCAGGUUUAAAAGCAAAUUAGAUACAUUAGAUGAAUUAUAUAUUAAGGAAAAGGAUUUAGGAAUCCCCAGAAAUUUUGAAUUUUGGGAAUUAGAAUUUAAAAAUGAAAACGAAAAAGCAAAAGCUCAAGGUGAAUCUGUAACGUCACAUAAAGCUUAUGAAAGAAGUCACCGAAAGCCAUUAUAUUUUAUGAAAAAACUUGUCAAGCAUACAAAAAUUAUGUUGAUGACUGAAGUUAUGUGGGCUUUUGUAUUUUCAUUUCUAUUUAUUUUGGUGGCAACAAUUUCCAUAUUUGACUUGAUUAAUGACUAUAAUAGCUCAGCAAUUAAAUCUUAUACCGAGUUUCUUAUUGCUACUUCUGUAAUAGCGCUUAUUUCUUGCUUAGGCCGUCUUUUUAUAAUCAAGAUGGCUUUUCCCAAGAUGAUAAAUGACGAUACUAACUUGUUUAAUGAUAAAAUCGACAAUAUAAAAGAUCGUCUAUCAGAUCCAUUAUAUUUUGUUGGGUGGAUAUUUGUAUUAAUUUGGUCCUUUUUUCAUGGUUUGAUUUCAUUUAAAUUGGAGUUAAAAAGAAUUGAUGUAAGUCAUGAAGAGAUGGUGAAAAUUAAGCGUAUUCUUUAUGGCUUAGCUCUGCCUAAAGAAAUAAUUGUUUCGUGA